UAAGGCCUAAACACCCCGUGAGGCUAUAGGGGAAAGGGGGAACGCUACACGACUCUGGCGAGGGAACACGUGUGCAUGCAACAUGCACAUACUCUGGCCCCGCCUACGAGAUCCGCCGGGUGGUACCACCGCGUAUGACAGUCAGAGACCAUCUACCACCUACGGACAAUCACAACAUCCAUAGCCAAGAAAAAAGUUUCUCCUGGGACGGGAUUC